CCUCCUUUCUCAAAUUUCCUUUUUCAUCAACUUUAGUUUGGAUGAAUCAUGACGCUAAGGGAGAUUUCUUCAAAGAUAAGCUUGGCCAAUUGAAGGAUUUGGAUAAGACCUACAACCAUAAGUCAUCAACUACAAGGAGUCUGAAAUUGAUUCAAGGUGAGAGUCCUAAUGCCUAAAAAGUAUGAAUCUAGACUUGAAAACAGGUAGAUGUGGGAAGAACUAAGAAAUCUCAUUCCAAAUAGGAUUGGGUUGUUAUCUUAGGAAUUUGGAUUGCAUAUUAGAAGCAUAAUAGGAUUGGGUUUUCACUUUUGUCUAUAAAAAGUGGGUCUUUGGCUUUAGAUAGGGCAUUCAAAAAUUGAGGGAGAAGGGGAAGAAAUCCGAGAGCCGGUAGAAAAGGUGUCAAGCAAAGGAAGGAGGAAAUCUUGUAUUUUGAAGUUUGCAGCAAAUAAAUAAAUUGGCUUUUC